CCAGCAGUAGCGGCAUGGGCAUGACAGCAAAGCAACUAAUAUACUUUUCUUGACAUGCACAACACCCUACAGUGACUGAUGAAACUGGCGAUUUGUGUGGUGGAUGUCUGCUCGUCUCCUGAGUCGGCGGUUGGCUCGCCUGCGCCCCCACGCCCCCUCUCCGCGGCCCGCUACUCUAGGCAGAUCUCUGGGCAGGUCUCGCAGCCUCCAGUCCGACUAUGGAGAAACCCAGCUGCAGCAGAAGCAGCAGCAGAAGCAAGAGGAGACGGUGAAGGAUGAGGAAGAGGAGAGGAGAGAGGAGGCGGAGAGGAGAGAGGAAGAGGAGAGGAGAGAGGAGGCGGAGAGGAGAGAGGAGGCGAAGUGGCGUCAUGCCAUUGGAGACUACACACUCUCCUACAACCCCUCUGCCUACGCCCGGCCCCAGGUAGGAGGAGCCAGCGCCAAGGGCCAGCAGCAGCGUGGCCAAUCAGAGCUGGAGGAUGCGUUGUCGACGGCCACGCCCCCCUCCUCCCUGGCGUUGUUGCCCCCGGCGCUGCGUUCCCAUAGUAACCCCUACAGCAUCAGCUCGUCCCGCCACCUGUCCAUCUCCAACAACACGCUGCUGGAGCUGGCAUUCGGGGGCCCACAGGGGGCGCCAGAGGACACACACACCCCGGGACAGAACGGACUCCUUACACCGCCAGAGCCCCCAGUGGACCCGCGUGCGUUCCAGCGGUGUCGCCCCGAGUACCGGAACUUCACCCACCAGCCGCCAUCGUCACUGGAGACAGAGACCGAUCCCCCCCUCCCCCCUGCGAAGGCGACCAGGGUCUUAAAGGAAGUGGCAGUGCUGCGUGGGGUCAUGACCCCUGGGGACAUCGUGUCCUUCCUGGCUACGCUGGCGCGCGUGGAGGAGACACACACGGUCGUCAUACGAGGAGACUCCAGAUUCUCAAUGCUGCUACGCUACAGUGUGGAGGCCCUGGAGUCCUUCUCCAUCUCUGAGCUGCUGUCCGUCCUGCGCUCCCUGGCUCUGCUCCGCCUGCCCCCCUCCCACACCGUUCUGGAACUCUACGAGGCGGAGUGCGUCCGGCGCUGCGUCUCCAUGGAGACGGGUGAGCUGCUGCUGACGGGGGACCUGUGGCGCUGUCUGGGCCGCACCGUCACGCGCUACCUGGAGACGCUGGCCGGUCACAUGACAUCACGCCUGGGGGAGCUAGACUCCGCCCAGAUGGUGCAGCUGGUCUACCUACUGGGGGAGGGACGCAGGUGUCCUGCGCCGCUGCUCGGUCCCCUGGAGGGGGCGCUGGUGAGCCACAUGGAGAAACUGCAGGCGGAGGAGAUAGGGGCUGUGUGUCUGGGUCUGUUUAAAGCCCAGUGUGUGUUGAGUCCUGCUGCUGUGCGUCGCCUGGUGGACUCUGGCGCCGCCCUGGUGGGGGAGAUGAGCGACUACGCCCUGGUCAACGUCAUGAAGCUGCUGCGGUUCAGCCACCUGGACCACCUGGGCUGGCUGGACGCCAUGGCAACCGAGAUGCCGCGUCGUGCUCAUGGCAUGGGGGUGCAGGGCCUGAUGCACGUGGCGUUGUCCUGCUCGGCUCUUCAUUACCGUGACUACCGCAUCCUGAUGCCCAUCGCGCGCCGGGUACCAGAGCUGGCGGCCCGCUGCCGAUCCAAAGACGCCGCCAAGCUGCUCUGGGCAUUCGGGACACUGGGCAUCGGCCAGAGACAGGCAGGACCACUCUACUCUACACUCACACAGGUAAUUCGGCAUAGUGUCCACCAGGGGGAGAUGUUGCGUUAUCCUCAGCACCUGCUGACGGCUCUGCUUGGUCUGGCGUUCGCGCGCCACUUCCCCAGAGACCUGCUCGCCGCCGCACUUGGGCCGGAAGUGGCCCGCACCGCAGCCGCAUCCCCACUGGAGCUCCGCAAAGACCUGCUCACGCUGGACGGCUGUGUGGAGCUAGAGGUUCCCGGCUGGUCAGGUCCUCGUCUGGGGAGGUCGGAGCGUAGGGAGGUGCAGCGUCAGCUGUGGGCCUGGGCUCAGGAGGACGUGUGCCGCAAACAGGAGGUAUUGGAGGCGGAGUCUGCCCUGUGUGAGCUGCUUGGUGGAGAUGAGUUUGUGCGUAAGUGUAUGAUCCUGCCCCACACGCGCUCCAUCGACCUGGAGAUCCGAUUGGACGCACACGGACGCCCCAUCCCCCUCGUCACCACGGAGACCGGCGACCCCCAGGAGGCCAGCGGGGGGGUGGAGGGGGACAGUAGUGGUAGCAGUGGCGGCGGCGGCGUUGGCAGCGGGGGCGUUGGGGACAUUUGGGGACCGCAGGGGCCCAGUGGGGUCACGCUCACGGACGACCUCCUCGCUCAGCUGACACACACACGGAAACCCAUGGCAACGACCCCCCAAACCACGCCGUUACCAAGCGCCGUGCGGAGCGUUCAGGUCCUGGCGGAGCGAGAGGAGCGAGACGAGGGGGUGGGGGCGGCGUUCAGCGUGGGGGUGGACCUGACUGAGGACCUGCUGGGGUGUCUUACCAAGCCCAAACAGCAGGGGGCGCUGGCAACAGCAACUCAACGCGGCGGCAUCACACGCAUCGCCGUACAGGUGUCCAAUCGUAACCACUACUGUUACCGUACGCGGGUGCUGUUGGGUCUUCAUGCCCUGAAGAGGCGUCAGCUGCUGCUGUCGGGUUACCGGGUGGUGGAGCUGCCUCACUGGGAAUGGGUACCGCUGCUGAGGAGGGCCAGAGGGGAACAGGUGCAGUACCUGAGGAACAAGAUAUUCAACAACCAGGCGGAGAUAUUCCACAACCAGGAGUAAAGUCCUCUCUUCUCUUCUUUUCUCUUCUCUUCUCUUCUCUUCUCUUCUCUUCUCUUCUCUUCUCUUCUCUUCUCUUCUCUCCUCUCCUCUCCUCUCCUCUCCACAACCAGACUGAGUAAAGUCCUCUACUGUUGAGGAGAGCCAGAGACCAACCUGUGGGACAAAAUAUUCAGCAACCAGACGCACUUAACUGCAGAUCAAGAUCAGUGAUGGUCAAAAUUAAUUAAUUAGUUACAAUCCAGUGCCACAUAUUAUUCCACAUGACCUGGUUUUACCUGAUUGAUCUGAACAGGUUAAACAUGUUCAUUUGGGAUAUGUGACACUGGAUUGUAACCAAUGAAUCCGUUUUGCGCAUCACUGAUCAAGAUGCAGAGUGAAUGACUCAACCAACAUACAAGACUCAACAGAACCAAGCAAAGUGAAUUGGGUCGGGACUGAAUUAGCCAAACCAGAUUUUCCAGGACUCACUGGAAGAAGAGGUUUCCUCUUACCUCAGUGGGACCUUCCCAGUUCAAUAAAGGUCAAAUAAAAUUGAAGAGAUCCACACGUAUUUUACUGUGUUUAGAGAACCCACUGACUUAACUCUCCUGAGCAAGAUCCAAAAGACCCAGACAUAUUAAACUGACGGACUUGUCUGAGGGACGUGAUCCAACAGACAUUCUGUAUUAGUCAGCUACCCCUGAGGAGGGUCGAGGUCUUGCGGAGGAGGAUGACUGAUGGAGAUGGACCAGCUGAUGUAAUGGAGGACGUAAUCCGUAGCCUGCCUGAGGAACUCUGGGAAAUGGGCCAAGGGGACGUCUGCUGUUGUCCAAGGCUACCGUGGGAGGAAGAGGGUGAAGAGUUUCUUUCCUUGUCUCGCCUUUUUUCAUCUGUUCUUCAUUCAAGAAAAGAAAAUGAGGGCUCUGAGUAUAGGCCCCUGAGGGACGAGAUACAAAUGACCCAGACACACACACACACACACACACACACACACACACACACACACACACACACACACACACACACACACUGUGGUAACCCACGUCUCCUGAGCGAGCGUAGAGGACUUGUGGAGGUGUGUACUAGUAGAGAUGGACCUGAUGAUCAAUAACUGACCAGGAACUGGGAAAUGGGUGGAGGGGGCGUCUGCUCUUCUCCAAGGGUACAGUGAGAUAAAGUGGGUUAAGAGUUUCUCUAAUGUUUCUUUCUUUUCUUGUCUUUUGUUUAUUUCUGUCUGUUCUUCAUGAGUUGCUGUUGAAUAAACGUGUUGCCUUGAAGACGAUGACGAGUGGAGUGUGCAAUACGUCAUGUUACUGAUGUCAUUGUCCCCUCAGUGUCUUCCUCAACCUCUCCUGUCUUGCGCACCGUAAGCUCCCCCUCAAACGUGACAUAUUUCAUGUGAAACUGCACAACAUGGAAUUCAUUCAUAUCGCGGUUGGAUAAGAUCCUCGAGACAUGCAGCAGGUUCCCCAGCAGCCUACUGAUAGCUGGCGGAGGAGAUGGUCAACAGCCAGACAGAGGAACUCUGGGAAAUGGGCCAAGGAGAUGUCUGCUGCUGUCCACCAAGGGUACCGUGGGAGGAAGAGGGUUAAGAGGAUUUCACGUUUCCUUUCUUUUCUUCUCUUUUGUUUUAUUUCAUCUGUCUGUUCUUCAUGAGUUGCUGUUGAAUAAACGUGUUGCCUUGAAGACGAUGCUGAGUGGAGUGUGCAAUACGUCAUGUUACUGAUGUCAUUGUCCCCUCAGUGUCUUCCUCAACCUCUCCUGUCUUGCGCACCGUAAGCUCCCCCUCAAACGUGUACAGUGGAAGUGGGUUAAGAGUUUCUCUAAUGUUUCUUUCUUUUCUUGUCUUUUGUUUAUUUCAUCUGUCUGUUCUUCAUGAGUUGCUGUUGAAUAAACGUGUUGCCUUGAAGACGA